AUGGCUGCCAAGGCCCCCAAGUGUGCCGCACCACUGUCCUGUCCUUUUCUAAUAUUUUUUAAUCACCUUUCCAUCUGCAGGGACCUCUUGCCUUUUCCAUUGUUAUAUGCAAAUGCGAUUCUACCUGCAGUUAAGGCGGGGCAAAUCAAGUCCUCUCUUCGGAGGGAGGGAGGGGGCGGGGGCUGCCGCGCAUGCGUGGUAACGGCGGCGGGAUGGCUGCGGAGGAGCUGGGGGCGCUGCUGGGCGGGGGGGGGCUGGCCGGUGCCCUCCGUGGGCGGCUGCGACCCGGGAGCCUCGGAGCCGGCGCGCCUGCGGGGCAACGUCUGCUACGUGGUGCUGGCGGUGCUGUUCAACGAGAAGGGCGAGGUGCUGGUGGUGCAGGAGGCGAAGGCGGAGUGCUACGGGACGUGGUACCUGCCGGCCGGCCGCAUGGAGCCCCGCGAGACCGUGCUGGAGGCCGUGCGGCGGGAGGUGCAGGAGGAGACCGGGCUGCAGUGCCGGCCGCUGACGCUGCUGGCGGUGGAGGAGCGGGGGCCCAGCUGGAUCCGCUUCGUCUUCCUCGCCCGGCCCACCGGCGGGACCCUGAAGAGCGUGCAGCAGGCAGACGCCGAGUCCCUGCAGGCGCAGUGGUGGGACCGGGAGACCCCCGCCCUCCCGCUCCGCUCACCGGACAUCCUGCCCUUAAUGGACCUGGCUCUGCAGUACCGUGCCGGCCCCCGCCACCCUCCGAUCCUGCCCGUGGAGCUGCCCUGCGCGUCCGUCUGCCAGCGGUUCCUGCUCGUCUUCACAGGUGGCAACCGCUCCCUUUGGGUGCUCCUGGACACAACGGGGGGCCCCCACCUCCCCCUGGCAAUAAGCAGCCCGUCUUCCUCCAAGCCGGGCAAGAGGCUCGUGGCGGCCCUUCAGCAGCUGCUCCAGAGAUGCGUGGCCCGGCCCGAGGUGGCCGUCCGCCUCCAGGGCCUGCUUGGCCUGCAGCACCUGGGCAAGGAUCCGGGCCAAAGCGACGGCAUCUGCUUCAACGUGGUGGCCACGGUCGGGAGCGAUGGGUCCCAGCAGCAGGAGCUGGCACCGCCGACAUUGCAGGAGCCGGCUUUCAGCUGGUGGGAAGUGGAAGACGCAGCGCUGAAGAGCGAGGUGCUCCGAAGGCUCCACACCGCUUCCUUCCUCCCCAUUUACAGUUAGCGUCUCCCAGGCGAGGGCUGCGCCAGAAAUCCAAGCCACCCCGAGUUCUGGCAGGGAUAGAAACGCCCCGAGGUCACCGGACGCAGAACAGGUCUGGGAUGCCUCUUUUCCGAAGGAUGCCGUUCUACCCACCUCUGCUGAAAGCAAGACGGGCAGGGAAGGCCAAGCAGCCCUGGCAGCCUUUGGAACAUUUACAGCUAUUAACAGGCAGCUGAAUUAAUAAAAACAUCUAUUUCAUUGUGA